AGAAGGAUUUUAAAUUAGUUGCGAAUUGAAUCUUGUUGAUACCGGUACCGGAUGCGGAUGAACCAUAUGUUUUGCCAUGCAAAAAUGGUCGAAAUUUAACAGAUUUUCACCACAAUUUCCGCUAGAGCCGUCGUUAGUUAAGGCAUCAAUUGCAGAAAAUUUUGAAAAAUCAAAUGCAAUUAUUUAAUCCUCAUCGUUACUACCAUUUGUUUUGUGCUCGUAACUAACAAUUUGUUGUCAAAUACAGAUGGUGCUAAAAGUGUUUUUAACGGUUGCGACCUGGGCUCAAGUGAGCUAUCAAUAUCGUCGGAAAUUCGGUGCAAUGUUUGAACGUUUAUUGAAAUAUCAUUUGAACCAAAUUUAAAUUGUUAUAUUCUCUCCGUUAUCAUGAACAAAUAAUAAAAACGUAGAAUCUAAAAAAACAAACCAUUUUGGUCAUUAAAUUUCUAUGUGCAAGUGAGGGAGACAGUGUGUUCUUUUUAAUACAUGCGAAUACAACAAUGUACAAUCAUUGUGGCUGUGUGUAAAUGUUGUAUCUGACGGUCUUUGGUUGACCACCUCGUUUGUGUUGUACUGUUGUGGGUGUUUGUGAUUUUCAUUUCAUUAUCGUAUUUCUAUUCUCAGUUUUACUAUACUUUAUCUCGGUCGGAAAAAUUUAAAUGAGCCCGCCCGUGCACUAACUACAGCGUGCAUGCGAAUGUGAUUACGUAUUGUGAAUCCUGUUCAUUUAUACAAUACAUAUGUACAUAUAUGUUCAUGUAGGAAUAUGUGUACAUGUGGGUAGAGGUAGAAGAAGGGUAUUUGUAUGUUUUAUCUUUUUACAACAAAAAAAACUUUAAAACAUACAGUUAUAAUUACUGCCAACCACACUUACUCAUACAUAUGGACACAAAAUAUUAAAAUACAAUAGAUUAAAGUGAUACGCGUUUCCAACCUGCCAACCAGACAUAGGGACAGACUUUGUUAAAAUGUGUACUAGUAUUGUGCCGUGUUUUUGCAUGUAAUAAAAUCUGUCGGUUUUAUGAUUUCUGACAUUGUUGUAAGCCGCAUCAUUAUCACUGCUCAACUGGUUACACAGGUUUCUAGAGAAUCCACUCACAGUGUGUAAUUGGGCACAUAAAUCCCAUGAUAAUUUUAUAUUUUUGUUGCGUCUACAAAACAUAUUCGGCUGGAGCAUAUUGCAUUGACGCAUUAAUUUCUUCUACUAAUUUUUAAAAAAGUGUAUUCAUCCAUUCAUUGUAUUGCAAUUGAAAACUUUUCUGUGUUAAGCAACGUGAAAUGUACAAUACUUGGCUACUCAUCAUAGCAAUUACAACUGUUGGAUGCUUAUGGAAUUCGCAACUAACUGAAACAUCAUCGAAAUCAUGCCCAACUGAAUGCAUCUGUUUAUCACAGACACAAGUGCUUUGCAAUACUGGUGGACUAGAGCAAAUUCCAUUACGUCAAUUACCCUCCACAGUGGAGAAUCUUGCAUUAACUAAAAAUAAUUUUCCAGUCAUAAAACCAGAUUCAUUUGCUGGCUUAAGAGCUCUUAAAAAACUUUCGCUGGACGGCAAUAACAUAACAAAAAUAAAACAGUUUGCAUUUCGUGGUUUACCCAGACUUAAAGAACUCUCAAUACAAUACACACCUUUGCAGUCAGUUACAUCAUUUGCAUUUGCCGGCCUUCAAAAUCUGUCGACUAUACUUCUGAGUCACAAUCAAAUAACACGCAUAGAAACGAAUGCAUUUGCUGGCACCUCCAAUGUUAAGCUGAUACUCUUAUCCAAUAAUCCUUUGAUCAAAAUAGACACCUCUGCGUUCUCCAGCCUUACCAAUGUAGGACAUUUGAUAUUACCUUCUGGAAUACGUACAAUCGAACCUGAUGCAUUUUUUGGCAUGGACACGGUGGGAUUACUUAAACUGGCCUAUAUGGAUCUCAAAGAAAUACAACCAUUCACUUUUAGAGGCUUAUCAAAUGUACUGCUCCUAACUUUACAGGAAUCAGACUUGGGUGUUGUGUGCACCGAUGCUUUUACCGGACUUUCUCAAGUCGAAACGUUCCAAAUACUUAAUAAUAAAAUAGACGCCAUCGAAGAACUUAAUUUCACGUACACAGCUAACAUAAAACAUCUUAAACUACAUGGAAACCAUAUAUUGGAAACUCCCGAUCCAAAUGUUAUUAUUAUAGAUGGUGUCGAACAUCUACAACUCAUCAACAAUCACUUUCCUUGCGGAUGUCAUAUACACACUCUGCUGGAUGGCCCUUUGGUAGAGGGUGCUCAUAAUCUCAGCGAAUUCCUGCAGAAAAACUAUUGCAUUUCGCCGUUAGAAGUAAACGGGCGGGCAAUGAUUGAACUUGACCUUGACUCUAUUGGUCGGUGUCAGGACCAACUCACCAAAGGUAAUCUAGGUUCCUCAGCAUCAUCAUCCAUGGCACUAAGCAUGUACAUGAUAAUACUCAUAUCUAUAACAACGAUUGAUAUUCUGCCCACAAUUAUAGUGUUCAAUGAUAUUAUCAAUUACUUCCUAAUGUUGGUAAUUGCUGGGCCCAUAAAUAUAUCAUAUAAAAAAUAUAGAUGAAUUUAAUUGUCCGCAACAACGUGUUGAACAUAUACCACAUCAAAAACCCAAACGUUUAGUCUGAAUUUUAUAAAAGUAAAUUAUUUAUAAUAGAAAAUAAUCUCAUUAAAUAAAUUAAUCUUCAAAUACUUUGCAUUUUAUGUUUGCUUAAGUAUUUGUAUUAUUAAGAAAUUAUAAUAUUUACAACAUUAAUAUAUUUAGAAUAAUUAUUUUUAAUAGAAAAACUUCAAUAAUACCAUGAAUAUUUAUUUUAUUGCUAAAUUUUUAUC